AUGUCUCCGCCACCGCCGCCGGCGCCCCUACCGCAAACCCUAGCAGACCUCGCGACCAAACAGCACGAGGAUCAUGAGGCCGUGGUCGCCACUUUGAACAGCCUCUCGGAGGAGAACCACACUGCUCGGACAGAGCGCGCCGAGGACCGCGCCACCCUCCAGUCCAUCGCCGCGACACUCAAAACCCUCCAGGACCAGCUGGCGGACACGUCACAGCAGCAGCGCGCGCAGAACCUGGCCCUCCUUCGGCUGGAAGGCAAGGGCACGCCUCAAUUGGGUGGUACCGGGCUCCUGCGGCCCCCAGAUGCGCCCUCCCACACCGGGGCCCCGGCCGAUCCAGGGGAUAGGGCUCCGCGCCUCUACAAGAUUGAUUUUCCCCUCUUUGACGGGGCCAGCGAUCCAAGGGCGUGGCUGACACGUUGCAAUCUCUUCUUCCUCGGGCAACGAACGCCGGAGUCGGAUAAGACUUGGCUCGCCUCAUACCACCUCACCGAUGUCGCCGCAUUAUGGUAUGGCCACCUCGAGACUAAGCUGGGCCAGCGGCCGUCCUGGAACGAGUUUCAAAAACUGAUCGCCAACCACUUCGGACCACCGACCCGCGCCAACCCCUUUGGCGAGCUGAUCUCCACCCGCCGCUCCGGCACCGUGGCAGAAUACUCCAGGCGCUUUCUAGAGAAUCUCUCUCGGGUGCGCCCCAUUGCUGAUGACGAUGAGCGGGAUAUCUUCACCAACAACUUGGGCGAGCCUAUGAAAACUCAGGUCGAGAUGCUGAAACCGGCGACUUUGGACGCAGCUAUGGACUUAGCAAUCUCCUUUGAGCACCUCAAUACUGUCACCAGCACCGCGACCACUCCGGGCCGGCCCAGCCGUCCACUCCGCCCCAUGGCUGCACCUACUCCGGCCUUGCCUGACUCCUCCAACCCCACGCCCGCGCUCGUCUUUAAACGACUCACGCCCGCCGAGAUGGAUGAACGGCGCGCUAAGGGUCUCUGCUUCAAUUGUGACGAGAAGUUCGCGCGGGGCCAUCGCUGCAAACGACUGUUCUAUAUUCAAUCCGCCGACGCCGAAGAGGAGCAGUUUGAGGAUUUCCAGGAAGCACAAAUCUCACUCUUGGCUGUUACCGGAAUUCCCACCAGCGACACAAUGCAGGUCACUCUUCGCAUCGGGGACCGUGACUUGGUCGCCUUGCUUGAUUCAGGCAGCACUCAUAACUUCAUCCACGAAGAGUUGGCCACCAUCGUGGGGCUGCCUUUCUCCUCCAAUCGUCGUUUGGGAGUCACGGUCGCUAAUGGCGAUAAGGUGACCUGUCGGGGACUCCUUCAGCAGGCUGCGAUCACCAUUGACAAGGAGCGUUUCGUUGUUGAUCUGCAUGCCAUUCCAUUGGGCGGGUUCGACAUCGUCCUCGGUACACGAUUCCUCAAAACUCUUGGGCCAAUUCUCUGGGAUUUCACUACGCAGUGGAUGUCGUUUUGGCACUCGGAUCACCGUGUGGAGUGGUCGGGCCUCGGCUCCCUCGGACGUCCUGCCCACCUACACGCGUGCGAAGGCAAGGAACUUCUGGACAGCCUGUUGGCCACUUUCACCGAUGUUUUCGCCGACCCACAGGGCCUGCCGCCGCAGCGCGCACAUGAACAUCAUAUUCAUCUUAUUCCCGGGACACCGCCGGUUGCUGUCCGUCCCUACCGCUACCCAACGAUUCAAAAAGAUGAACUAGAGCGCCAAUGUUCAGAGAUGCUGGCUCGCGGUCUGAUCCGUCCUAGUUCUUCUGCAUUUUCAUCCCCCGUUCUACUCGUCAGAAAGGCCGACGGGACUUGGCGUUUCUGUAUCGACUACCGUGGUCUCAACCUUGUCACCAUCAAGGACAAGUUUCCAAUUCCUGUUGUCGAUGAACUUCUGGAUGAACUCAAGGGCGCCCGCUUUUUCACCAAACUGGAUCUCCGAUCGGGUUACCACCAGGUUCGGAUGGCCCCUGAGGAUAUCCACAAGACGGCCUUCCGCACACAUGAGGGCCUCUUUGAGUUUGUAGUGAUGGCCUUUGGUUUGACAAAUGCCCCAGCGACGUUCCAAGCACUCAUGAACGACGUCCUCCGUCCCUACCUUCGUCGGUUUGUGCUUGUGUUCUUCGAUGAUAUCUUGAUCUACAGCUCGUCCUGGUCGGAUCACCUACGUCAUGUCAAGCUCGUUUUGGAGGCUAUGCGCACACAUCAACUGUUUCUCAAGCGCUCCAAGUGUUCCUUUGGGGAGGAGAAACCAUGGCUUAUCUGGGACACGUCAUCUCCGCUGCAGGAGUUGCCAUGGACAGCGACAAGGUUCUUGCCGUGGUAG